CUCAGGGAAGGCGGCGCUGGGCUGCACGGCCCCGAUCGGGCAGGGCAGGGCAGGGCAGGACCGGCCCGGCCCUCUGCUCGCCCCCUCCGCCCCCGGGGCGGCCUGCCCCGCGCUGACGUCCCUCGGCGCGCAGCGCACAGCCGCCCUCCGCCGCCCGCAGCCAGCCUUAAUCGCCCCCAGCGGAGGCAGUUACUCGGCGCGGAGUAUGGCUCCCCCUGCACUUCAGGCGCUGUCUCUUCUCCUCGGCCUUUCCUUCCACCUCACCGUCGCCUCCAAGCUCAACAUCCCCAAGGUGCUGCUCCCCUUCACCCGCGGCACCCGCGUCAACUUCACGCUGGAGGCCAGUGAGGGUUGCUACCGAUGGUCCUCCAGCAGGCCAGAGGUUGCAAGCAUAGAGCUGGCAGAGCAGGAUGAGAAGCAGUGCUCCCAGAAGGCUGUUGUCCAGGCACGAUCCUCACAGCCCACACGUCAGACAAGUAUCAUCUUGGCUGAAGAUAUAAUGACUGGACAAGUGCUUCGCUGUGAUGCUAUAGUUGAUCUAAUUCAUGACAUCCAGAUUGUGUCCACAACAAGAGAACUCUAUCUUGAAGAUUCACCACUGAAGCUAAAAAUUCAGGCUUUGGACUCUGAAGGCAACACUUUCAGCUCGUUGGCAGGGUUAGUCUUUGCCUGGACAAUAGUCAAGGACACAGAGGCUGAUGGCUUCUCAGAUGCCCACAAUGCCUUACGUAUACUCAAGUUCUCAGAAUCCACUUAUAUUCCACCUUCCUAUAUAUCAGAGAUGGAAAAAAUUGCCAAGCAAGGAGAUACUGUUUUGGUGUCUGGAAUGAAAACAGGGAGUUCCAAGAUAAAAGCAAGAAUACAAGAAAGUGUCUACAAGAAUGUGCAUCCUGCAGAAGUCAGAUUGCUUAUUUUGGAAAACAUCCUCUUAAAUCCAGCAUAUGACAUUUAUCUUCUGGUAGGAACAUCGAUUCAGUACAGAGUCCAGAAAGUAAAGCAAGGGAAGAUUACAGAGUUAACAAUGCCCUCUGAUCAGUACGAGCUGUACCUGCAGAACCACAUCCUCACUCCCGGGGGAGAUCUGUCCCGGCCGGUUGCCGAGUUGGACCAAGCGACAUCAGUUGUGACUGCAUUGCAGCAGGGACAAACUAACCUCAUACUUGGACACAAGAGUAUCAGCAUGCAGGGGAUUGCCAGGCUGCCAAACAGCACCAUCUACGUUGUAAAUCCCAGGCAUUUAGGCUUUACAAUUCAUCCAGGAGACAGAUGGGUCCUAGAAACGGGCAGACUUUAUGAGAUUACAGUUGAAGUGUAUGACAAAUCAAGCAACAAGGUGUAUUUAUCUGAUAAUAUCAGAAUUAAUACCAAGCUGUCCAGAGAGUAUUUUGAGGUGCUGAAGUCCUCUCUGAAUGGAUCAUACCACUAUGUGAAAGCAAUAAAGAAGGGCCAGACUGUUAUUGAUGCUGCACUGACAUCGGUCGUAGAUCAGGAUGGAGGUGUGUAUACAUUACCAGUACCAGUGCAAAGCCAACAAGAUGUUGAAAUCUACCAGCCCAUAGUUCUUUCACCCAGCAUUUUGACGUUUCCUUGGCAGCCCAAAGCAGGAGCCUACCAGUACACCAUACAGGCUCGUGGUGGGAGUGGCAAUUUCAGCUGGUCCUAUUCCAACCAGUCAGUUGCUACAGUGACAGUCAAAGGAGUGAUGACAACUGGCAGUGAUAUUGGCGUCAGCAUUAUUCAGGCAGUUGAUGUUCAAAACUCACUGCACUAUGGAGAAAUGAAGGUGUAUGUCACUGAACCUAGUGGGAUGGAGUUCGCACCGUGUCGAGUUGAAGCACGAGUUGGCCAGGUGCUGGAGCUGCCUCUGAGGGUUACUGGCCUGACAAAUGUUGAAACAGGCCAGACUGUGCCGCUGAGCGACUGCUCACACUUUGACCUCUUAGUGGAGGUAGAAAACCGUGGUGUGUUCAGGCCACUUCAAGGAAGGCUUCAGCCAGCUGCUGAUUUCUGUAGUGGGGUCCGUGUGAAAGCUGAAAGCCAAGGAUACACAGCACUUGUUGUUAGCUACACCCGUGGUCACAUCCACCUCAGUGCCAGCAUCACCAUAGCUGCCUACCUGCCAUUGAAGGCUGUUGAUCCUCCGUCUGCGGCGUUAGUGACACUGGGUUCCUCUAAAGAGAUGUUGUUUGAAGGAGGCCCUAGACCAUGGGUGCAAGAACCUUCCAAGUUCUUCAGGAACGUCACCACUGAGGAUGCAGGCAGCGUUGGCCUGUCUUUAUUUGAUGCUCCCACCUCUCGAAAUCACAUCCAACACUGGGUUAGAGUCUCUUGCAGAAGCCUGGGAGAACAAGUCAUUUCCUUAGCUGUUGGGAACAGCCCCACCAUCACCAACCCUUUCCCAGCUGUCGAGCCUGUCUCCGUGAAGUUCAUCUGUGCUGUGCCUUCGCGCCUCACCUUGACUCCCGUCUAUGGAAGCCCUCAGCUUGAUCUUUCCUGCCCUUUGCUGCAACAAAACAAGCAAGUGGUUCCUGUUUCAAGCCAUCGCAACCCAGUCUUGGAUUUGGCUGUGUAUGACCAGCAGGGCAGUAAAUUUGAUAACUUCAGCUCUCUUGGUGUUACUUGGGAGUCAACACAAGUGUCCCUGGCUGAUAUUGAGCCUGGAGUGCCAAUGGAGCUGACUCUGAAAGACAAUGGAAGCGGUCAGAAGAAAAUGCAUGGCUUGCAAACUGUCCUAGUUCAUCACAAGUCUGGAACAAGUGCCAUCUCAGCCACUGCAGCAGGGUACCAGCAGGCCCAUCUGAAAGCAGCUCAAGUGAAAGCAGCGUAUCAGCCUCUCCCACCAGUGUCUGCCAUGCUUGAACUGAUACUCGUGGAAGAUGUAGCAGUGAGCCCUACUGAAGUCUCCAUUUACAAUCAUCCUGACCUACAGGCAGAACUUUUCAUCAAAGAUGGUUCUGGAUUUUUUUUCAUUAAUACCAGUGUUGCAAAUGUUGUGAGAGUGUCUCACGAGGAAGCUCAAGGUAUUGCUUUGGUACAGCCUCUGCUUGCAGGAUCAGUGACUGUCAUGAUCCAUGAUUUAUGCUUGGCUUUUCCUGCCCCAGCCAAGGCAGAGAUUACUGUCUCUGAUAUCCAGGAGCUGUAUGUCCGAGUCGUUGACAAGGUGGAGAUUGGAAAAACAGUUAAAGCUUAUGUCCGAGUUCUGGAUGAUUCCAAGAAACCUUUUCCGGCCAAAUACUUCUCUGUCAUGGAUCUCAAACUGAGGGCAGCAUCUCAGAUUGUUUCACUUGUCCCACUCAGUGAAGCUCUUGAUGACCACACUGCUGCUUUUCUAGUGCAUGGGAUGGCCAUUGGGCAGACGAGUCUCAUGGCGACUGUUGCUGACAAAAGAGGACAGAGAAUCAACUCUGCUCCCCAACAGAUUGAAGUCUUUCCCCCAUUUAGACUAGUGCCAAGGGAAGUGACCCUAAUUAUUGGGGCCAUGAUUCAGAUCACUUCAGAAGGAGGCCCUCAACCCCAGUCCAACAUCAUUUUCUCCAUCAGCGAUGAGAGGAUUGCCUCGGUGAAGAGCUCUGGACUCGUCAGAGGAGUGGCCCUUGGCAACGGCACAGUGACAGGAGUGGUGCAGGCUGUUGAUGCAGAGACAGGGAAGCUCGUGGUGGUGUCUCAGGACAAAGUGGAAGUUGAAGUGGUGCAGCUGUCAGCUGUCAGGAUUCAUGCACCAAUCACACGGAUGAAAACAGGUACCCAGAUGCCAGUUUACGUGAUGGGCAUCACCAGCAGUCAGACUCCUUUCUCGUUUGGCAGUGCUGUGCCAGGGCUAACAUUCCACUGGUCUGUCACCAAGAGGGACACUCUGGAUAUCAAGACAAGGCACAGCGAGGCUUCAUUUCAGCUUCCUGCAAAAUACAACUUUGCAAUGGAUGUUUAUGGCAGAGAAAAGGGAAGUGCAGGCCUGAAAGUUGUUGUGAAGGUCCUCGAUCCCACAGCCAACCAGUUUGAGAACAUGGCAGAAGAACUGUCUGAUGAAAUCCAAAUUCAGGUGUUUGAAAAACUCCAUCUAGUCACUCCAGAAGUAGAAGCAGAACAGAUCUUAAUGUCACCAAAUUCCUUUAUUAAACUUCAGACAAACAGGGACCAUGUUGCCUCACUGAGGUACCGCAUCCUGGAGGGACCAGAUAAAGUUCCUGUGGUGAGACUGGAUGAGAGGGGAUUCCUUACUGCUGGCUCUCUGAUAGGGUCAUCUACCAUUGAAGUGACUUCACGAGAGUCUUUUGGGAUCAACCAGACCAUUGUAGCCGCGGUUAAGGUCUCCCCCAUCUCAUACCUGAGAAUCUCCAUGAGCCCUCUUCUGCAGGCACCAAGCAGCAAGGCAUUGCUGGCUCUCCCCCUGGGUGUGACACUGAGGCUCACAGUGCAUUUCCACGACAGCUCUGGAGAUGCUUUUCAUUCACACAGCGCCCUGCUCAGCUUCGCAACCAGCAGGGGCGACCUCGUGCAGGUGGGGAAGGGAGCCACGAACAACACCUUUGUGAUCCAGACAGUGAACGUGGGGCUGAGCCUGCUGAAGGUGUGGGCCGUGGAGCACAGCAGCCUGGCAGAUUAUGUGGCACUGCCAGUGCAGCACAGCAUCCUGCCUGAGCUCAGCACGGCGCAGCCCGGAGACGUCCUCUGCCUCAGCAGCACACUGCCGCCGCAGCACGGCCUGCCGGGCAUCUGGAGCUCUUCUUCAAGCAGCAUCCUUCAGGUUGACUCCAAGACAGGUGUGGCAGUGGCAAGGGACGUUGGUGUGGUCACUCUUUAUUAUGAGAUUCCAGGAUUGCUCAAGACAUACAGAGAGAUAAUAAUUAAUCCACUCCAGAAGACUAAGGGCAUGCACAUCAGCGGAGUGAAGACAAGCUUCCAAGGAGCUGCAGCCUCCAAAGUGAUAGUGUCAGUUGGGGAAAGAAAUACAAACUUGAAUGAGGAGUGUUCGGCUGCUCAGACAGAAGCUAUCGCUGCGUUACAGCCACAGUCCAUGAUUGGCUGCCACCUCGAGUUUACCACUGAUGACUUUGACUUCCCAGCACGAGAGAUUUUUAUGGCAGAGCCUGGAUUUGAAGCAGUCUCAGGCCAUUACACCUGCUCCAUCACAAUGCACAGGCUUACUGACAGGCAGCUGAAGCAGCUCAGCAUGAGCAAAACCUCCCUCAGAGUUACAGUCUCCAUGCAAGGCAACCACUUCUCUGUGGAGCAGACCAGCACUGAGGUGCCAUUCAGCCCUGGAUUUUAUGCUGACCAAACCGAAAUGCUGCUCAGUAAUCUUCAGACAAGCUCAGAGGUGAAAAUAUUUGGUGCCACUGAAAUUCUGGAUACUCUGGAGGUGAAAUGUGGGUCACCAGCAGUGAAGGUGUUUGAGAAGGAGAAGUCUUACGGGCUGCCCAGUUAUGCAGUCUACACAGUUAGUCUGUCUGACCCAGGGGUCUCCAGGCAGGAGUCCUUAUCCACUGCCUUGACUGUCUCCAGCCCCAUGACUGACCAGUCCAUCGCCAUCCCAGUGACCCUGAUGUACUUGUCUGACAGAACCAGAGCACCACUCAGGCAUGGGGCCAGUCCGUUCCAGCACUUCCUUGACUCUUACCAAGUGAUGUUGUUCACGCUCUUUGCGCUGGUAGCAGGGGCGUCUGUGCUGGUGAUAGCCUAUCACACAGCUUUCGUGCAGAAGGAGCAGCAGAGUCAUCCAGUGUAUGUCCCAGGGACAUCUCCUCAACACAGCCACAGCAGUUUCUCUUCGCCUCCUGUGCCUUUAGGGUAUCACUUCAGCCUUCAGCCCUCCAGCAGGAACAGAAGCCCGUCAUCCAUGCUGUGGAGCACUGACUAUGGUUCCCGUUAAAGCAGCACUCCUCUUCGUGCAGUAGGGCUGGGAAACAAACCAGAAUAAAUCCUCAGUGCCUCCAACUACAAUAAAUUCAAGAACAUCCAUAGUUUUGAUAGAAUUCCAGUUGUCUCUUGAAUGUUACUUGCUUCACAAUUACUUUUUUUUUUUAUUUAGAGCUCUUUGAUUAUUUUUUUUUAAUAUUCUUAAAACUUAUUUUAUCUGCUGGUGAAUGCUCAGCUGACUGGACAAAGCAGUGUUUAUGCUAAGCUGGCUUUCUUGCACUCUUCAAGCAGCUAGAAGUGAUAUCUAAGCAAGAGUGCUGCAAGUGUUUUAUUUACUUUCUUUGUUUAAAAAAAAUCACUUUCUUUUUAAUGAACUUUUUUUUUGGGAAAAAGGGAAGUAGAGAAAACGAGAUCAAAUAUGAGCCAAAAAUAUGAAGGGUUGUAUAUUUCAAAGAACUGGGUGGGUUGGUUUUGUUGGUGUUUUUGUAUUUUAUGUUGAGUUCCAAAGCCUCAGGAAUGCACUGUACUGCUAUGUGUUCUUACCUUUAGCCUUACAAUGUGACUCCUCAGCAGGAUUUGCUGCUCUGACAAUGGGACUGUGAAGACCUGUGGGGUUCUGGUACAACAACAGGGUGGCUUCCUUCAGGCACAGCUGCAGUAUUCCUCUCUUGGUACUGUAAGCACUUUUUUGGACGGGGAAUGCUAAAGCAUGUGCCUUCGAAGAGCACCUUUCUUCCAGCAGUAAAUCUUUCUGGUGGAAGGCAAUUACCUUGCCUGUGUUCUGACAUAGAGCCAUUGAUAUAGGUCAUUUUGCACUGAGAGUACCUCAACAGAAACUGAGCCUCCUUUUAGUCCCACUAGUCACUGGGUGCACUGGAAAGUGAGUGGCUUGUUUAACACUGAGUGACCUUUCCAGGUGGUUCAAGCUGUGUGUCUGUGGUGUCUUUGUGUACAAACUGAUCCAGCCAGACUCUCCAUUUAGCCUGUGCAGUGAAAUAUUAGCAGUACUAGUGUCUGUUAUUCCAGACUCUGGAAUAUCUGUAGCACAAUAUCCUACCAGCGUAGCAUUUAACUGCCAAAGUGCUGGUGUGCAGGGCUUUUUUGGUUGGCUUUUUGGCAUUGUCUUGACUGGUGAAGAUCUAAACUGCACAAUUCCAGGUAGUUCAGGGAGUCCAACUAGGCAUCAGUGUGCUCAGACACAUUUUGCUUUCUGCUCGAGGCCACAGUGAGAUAUACUGACAUGAGCUCCUCUCCAAAUUCAGUUUAAACAGGUGAGAAGACAAAUUUGGUUCCUAAAUACUUCCCUGAGAAUAUAAAAAUCCUUCAUUUUGAGGAUUAUCAUUGCAACCACAUGACUUUUAAUCCUCAAGCAGCAUUUUACAGCUCUGGGAUCAGGGGGUUGUUUACACAGAACAAGUGUCACUGUUUGAACUGUGACAAUCGCCAGGCUGGCUGAGCUCUCCUGAGGACCAUAACGAGCAUGAUCACCAUCGUUCUGUCUCCAAAAACCAACUCUGCAGGCAGGCAGAGGAAUGGCACACAGGCACCUCGUGUGUUCCAGGCAGUACUGCAGAAAAGCAGCCUUGUUCCACAUUGCUACCUUGAGUCUUGUGUAACUUGCUGGCUGGUGUGGGAGGACCUGUGUCUUACGUGCUUGUGCUCUUUCAAAUGGACACUGUGGAUGUAAAUAAUAAAUCAUUUCUUACCUCUAUUAUUUAAUAA